CUACAACAGAUUUACUUUUUCCUUGCUUUAAAUCUGAACAAGGAGAUCGUGCUGUAAAAAAAAAUAAGGCACAGAAGUACUAAUAUCAGGGAAGGCGUGGGUUUCCCGGGAAUCUCACCAUCUACAGUAUGUCAGAUAAGUAUCGGGGAGAAGCAGAAGAACUUUCGCCGAAGGAUUGUGUUUCAAAGGCAGGCGUGCUUGCCAUCGAUAACAACAUGUUGUUCUCAAGCUGUUGUCUACCUUUGACGCGUGCAAGCGGCCACUCAAUAGGUAUUUUUGUGUGUCGUCGGCCCCUCAUGCGUCAAGGGCACGUAACAAACCGUCCGAGCUUACUCCGCGAUACGAUUGUCCUAUGUUACCCAUCUGCGAAUGUCGGUGCCGAAUACAUUAAAGACUAUCACGAUCAGUCCCAAUGCCAUCUGUAUGAUGGCAUCUCUGCGGUCUCUUGUCCAGCUUACCCUUGCUAUUACGAUCUUACCCCGGAUCUUCCAUUCUCUAGAAUUUACCUCAACGUGUUUGUGCACCAUGAUCGCGAUUCAUGAUGAGCAUGCCCGAUUCCCAGUCCCCGCUUUCGCUUGGCUCGACUGCUUGUAUAUGCUACUGGGGACCCGUCCCACUCCGCUGACAACGCUUGCGAUGAUGUUAUCAUAGGAGACGUACUGUCGAACUUCAAGCAUAUCUGGAGAUAGUUUUCGUUAGU